UCUGGACCGACACAUCCCUCUCCGGCUGCUCGUCAUAUCGCGAUAGAGCACAUCAGGCCACGGAGCUGAAGGCUGAGAGCAACAUGGCGGAAGAGGAGGUGGCCAAGCUGCAGAAGCACCUGGCCCUGCUCAGGCAGGAGUAUGUGAAGAUGCAGCAGAAGCUGGCCGACACAGAGAGGCGCUGUGCCGUGCUUGCCGCUCAGACUUCUGUCCAGGGCUCCCCCAGCCCAACAGCUGCAGACACCUUCAUUAGCCGUCUGCUGGAGAUCGUAGCCGACCUCUAUCAGCAAGAACAGUACAGUGAUCUGAAAGUGAAAGUCGCAGGAGAGAAUCUCAAUGCCCAUAAGUUUGUGUUGGCUGCUCGCAGUGAUGUCUGGAGUCUGGCCAACAUGGCCUCCACCUCUGAACUGGACCUAUCUGAUUGCAAACCUGAGGUUGCCAUGGCGAUGUUGCGCUGGGCAUACACAGAUGAGUUGGAACUGACUGAAGAUGACGCCUUUCUUAUUGAAUUGAUGAAGCUGGCCAACCGCUUCCAGCUUCAUCUGCUCAGAGAGAGAUGUGAAAAAGGCGUGAUGUCGUCAGUGAAUGUCAGGAACUGCAUUCGCUUCUACCAAACAGCUGAGGAGCUAAACGCCACCACCCUGAUGAACUACUGUGGGGAGAUCAUAGCCAGUCACUGGGAUGAUCUGAGGAAAGAAGAUUUCAGCACCAUGAGUGCCCAACUACUGUACAAGAUGAUCAAGUCUAAAACAGAGUAUCCUCUCCACAAAGCCAUCAAAGUUGAGCGAGAAGAUGUGGUCUUCCUCUAUCUCAUCGAGAUGGACUCGCAGCUACCUGGCAAGCUGAAUGAACUGGACAACAACGGUGACCUGGCACUAGACCUGGCACUCGCUGGUAAAUUGGAAGGUAUUGCCACCACUCUGGUUAACAACAAAGCAGACGUGGACAUGGUGGACCAGAGUGGCUGGAGCCUCCUGCAUAAGGCCAUCCAAAGAGGUGAUGAAUUUGCUUCCAUCUUCCUGAUUCGCCACUCGGCUCAGGUGAAUGCAGCCACAGUGGGGGCGGUGGAAACCCCGCUCCACCUGGUCUGUUCUUUCAGCCCCAAGAAGCACUCUGCGGAGGUGAUGAGCGGCAUGGCACGGAUCGCAGAGGCUCUGCUUAAGACCGGAGCCAACCCUAACAGUCAGAACAGCAAGGGCAGAACCCCCCUGCAUGAAGCUGUGGCAUCGGGGAACGAGCCAGUGUUCAACCAGCUACUGCAGUGCAAACAGCUUGACCUGGAACUCAAGGACCACGAGGGCAGCACCGCUCUGUGGCUGGCCCUGCAGUAUAUCACCGUGUCUUCAGACCCCUCAGUAAACCCGUUUGAGGACGACGCACCGGUAGUGAAUGGCACCUCGUUUGACGAGAACAGCUUCGCGGCCCAGCUUAUCCAGAGAGGAAGCAACCCUGAUGCACCCGACACUACCACAGAAAGCUGUCUCAUGCAGAGAGCAGCUCGGGCAGGCAAUGAGGCAGCUGCACUUUUCCUAGCCACUCAUGGAGCAAAGGUCAACCAUGUCAACAAAGGGGGUGAGAGCCCGCUUCAUACCGCGUGUCGCUGUGGCCUGGCGAGCCUAACAGCAGAGCUGCUCCAGCAAGGGGCCAACCCCAACCUGCAGACCCAGAAGGCUCUGCCCGACGACACCGUUAGUGUGGCUAUGCAGACCCCUCUCCACAUGGCCAUUGCUCACAACCACCCAGAUGUGGUCUCUGUCAUCCUCGAGCAAAAAGCCAAUGCACUUCAUGCCACCAACAACUUCCAGAUCAUUCCAGACUUCAGUCUCAAAGACUCCAUGGACCAGACAGUGCUGGGCUUGGCCCUCUGGACAGGUAUGCACACCAUAGCAGCUCAGCUGCUGGGCUCAGGGGCUUCUAUCAAUGACACUAUGUCCAAUGGACAAACCCUGCUUCACAUGGCCAUCCAAAAACAGGACAGCAAGAGUGCCCUCUUCCUUCUGGAGCAUCAGGCAGACAUCAAUGUUAGGACCCAGGAUGGACAAACAGCACUACAGUUGGCCAUCAGUAACCAGCUGCCACUGGUGGUGGAUGCCAUUUGCACAAGAGGAGCUGAUAUGUCUGUGGUGGAUGACAAAGGGGACCCUCCAUUGUGGCUGGCUCUGGAGAACGGCCUGGAAGAUAUUGCAUCCACGCUGGUCCGCCAUGGCUGCGAUGCCACUUCUUGGAGCACAGGGCCCUCUGGCUGCCAGCAGAACCUCCUGCACAGAGCUGUUGAUGAGAACAAUGAGGUCUCUGCUUGCUUCCUCAUCCGCAGUGGUUGUGAUGUGAACAGCACCAGACAGCCAGGCCCCAACGGGGAAGGAGAUGAAGAGGCCCGCGAUGGACAAACGCCCCUCCACCUGGCAAGCAGCUGGGGAUUGGAGGAGGUGGUGCAGUGCCUUCUAGAGUUUGGAGCUAAUGUUAAUGCACAGGAUGCAGAGGGCAGGGCUCCCAUCCACGCUGCCAUCAGCAGCCAGCACAAUGUCAUCAUACAGCUCCUCAUUUCCCAUCCAGACAUUCGUCUCAACAUACGCGACCGUCAAGGAAUGACUCCCUUCGCCUGUGCCAUGACGCACAAGAACAACAAGGCAGCGGAGGCUAUCCUGAAGAGGGAGCCAGGUGCUGCUGAGCAGGUGGACAACAAAGGACGUAAUUUUCUCCACGUGGCCGUGCAAAAUUCAGACAUCGAAAGUGUCCUGUUCCUCAUCAGUGUCCAAGCUAACGUCAACUCCAGGGUUCAGGAUGCAGCCAAACUCACCCCUCUCCACCUGGCUGUCCAGGCUGGAUCUGAGAUCAUCGUCCGCAACCUGCUGCUUGCCGGAGCCAAAGUAAACGAGCUGACCAAACACAGGCAGACAGCGUUACAUCUGGCUGCCCAGCAGGACCUGGCCACUAUUUGUUCUGUGUUGCUGGAGAACGGAGUAGACUUUGCUGCUGAGGAUGAGAAUGGCAAUAAUGCUCUACAUCUGGCUGUGAUGCAGGGCCGCCUUAACAAUGUCAGAACCCUUCUCACAGAGUCCAACAUUGAUGCUGAGGCCUUCAAUCUCAGGGGUCAGUCACCAAUGCACGUACUAGGCCAUUACGGGAAAGAGAACGCCGCCGCCAUUUUUGAGUUGUUCCUAGAGUGUAUGCCUGAAUACCCUCUGGACAAACCAGAUAAUGAAGGGAACACAGUUAUUCUCCUGGCCUACAUGAAAGGAAAUGCAAACCUGUGCCGUGCCAUUGUUCGGGCUGGGGCUCGACUGGGCGUCAAUAAUAAUCAGGGCAUCAACAUUUUCAACUACCAAGUUGCAACCAAACAGUUGCUCUUCCGCCUUCUAGAUAUGCUGUCCAAAGAGCCCCCUUGGUGUGAUGGGUCCAACUGUUAUGAAUGUGUUGCCAAAUUUGGUGUUACAACACGGAAACAUCACUGCCGCCACUGUGGGCGCCUGUUGUGCCACAAGUGCUCUAUAAAGGAGAUCCCCAUCAUCAAGUUUGACUUGAACAAGCCGGUGAGGGUGUGCGACAUCUGCUUCGAUGUACUAACUCUGGGUGGGGUUUCGUAAUGCAGCGGCCUGGAUAUCUUCCACCCUCUGACACGGGCCGUGCCAGGCCCAACUCGGCACAGUUUCUUCAGGCACACCAGGAGAAGGGACAUCGGUAGCAGGACAUACUAACAAGAGAUUCCCGGACAGUUACGGACCAUCACCUUUAUACUAUUCCAGUCUAUGAAAAACUAUUAAUGUUCUAGAGGGACGUUUCAAAUAGAAAGUGAAACAUUGUCUUUUUGUUUCUGUUUCGUUCAAAGUAUCUUAAAGUGGAUAUACGCAGCUCUCCAGCUCUGAUGAUGGCUGGACUCACGUUUGUUAAUCAGUUUCCCAAGCCCAAUGAUGUUUGUAAUGAUUAGCUCUUAUUAUCACAAGCAGGACAUUUCAAAUCAAUGAUCAAAUCAAAUCACCUUUGGAGGAUUUUUUUCACCAUUAUAGCCUUUAUGCUAUGUGACCUGCCCCAAAAAGACCAAAAAACAAAUUCAAUGCUACAAAAUGAAUAGCUACAUUUCUACAGUACGAGAGCUGAGCCUGCUGUCAGGCACAGAGUAACAGUGUAAAAUGCCCCUCCAUCACUAAAUCUCCAAGAUCUGAACUUUCAGCAUGUUCUCUGUAGUCUUUCAUCUUUCUUUUCAUCUAAUCUUUCACAAGGAGGAUUUAAAGGGAAAGUAACUCGUUUUUUAAACGAGCAUCGUUUCCAAAUGAGAUCUAAUCUAAUUAGAUCCAGUGCGAUUCAGAAUUAUAACGUUGACAUUGUAUUACUUUACUGUUAGAUGUGAAAGAUGGCACAACUGGACAAAGGUAAACUGGGGUUGCUUUACUCCACGACUGGUACAUAGUCGAUCAUGUGUAGGCAUCAGCCAAAUUAAAUGGAAUGCUUACUUUUUAACACGGCAAGUUGGAAAGAUGUGACCCGAGAAAGCCGAAUAUAAAUCUGGUCCCAAAACAAAAUCCUCCCAACAGUCCUCCUCCUCAGUUACAGAAAUGCCUAUUAUGCCUAUGCAUGUCAUUUAAUUUGUAGCCUUUACAUCAUAAUCAUGAGUCAUAUUUCAAAAUCAGUCACCAAAUGAUUACAUUCCAUUUUUUAUCUACCAUGAGGUCCUCGUAGGAAGUUAGUCCCCCACAAUGUUGCCUCAAGUCAAGUUGUCGUCUUCAAUCUUGACCCAUCACAUAUAACGCUUCUUGAUUUCUCAGCCUAACAGGUGCACUUUAUCAAGAUCACAUGACAUUUCCGAUCAUUGGGGGAGAAUGUGGCGCAGAGGGACGGCCGAGUUGUGGGGCCUCUUUAAGUAUUGUUAAAUUGUACAGAUAAAUGUGUGAUAUUUUUGACCACUACAACUGUUUUGUACUUAAAUGCAGUUUGUGCUUGUCAUUGUGACAAACCUAAAUCUUGCCUCUGUUAAUCUUUUAUGCACAUUGUUUAAUCUUUUAUGCACAUUAUAUUGUAUCUGUAUGCUCAGAUAUCUAGCCUGUCUCUUCCUGGUGUAUCCUUUUAGAGAAAGGGAGGACAACUUUACAUAAAGGUCAUCAAAAACCAAA